AUGGAUCUUCCUAGUCUCGCUGUUAUACUCCAAGCUGCUCUCAGUCCUAAUCCGGAUGAACGGAAAGCUGCUGAACAGAACUUGAAUCAGUUCCAGUAUGCACCUCAGCAUUUGGUGAGGUUGUUGCAAAUCAUUGUAGACAACAACUGUGACAUGGGUGUACGGCAAAAUGCUAGUAUUCAUUUCAAGAAUUUUAUUGCGAAGAACUGGUCUCCUGAUUCUGAUACUACCCAACAAAAGAUAUUGCAGAGUGAUAAAGACUUGGUGAGGGAUCACAUUCUCAUGUUUGUAACUCAAGUUCCUCCUUUGUUGAGGGUACAACUUGGUGAAUGCCUGAAAACAAUUAUACACGCUGAUUACCCCGAACAGUGGCCUCUUCUUCUUGAUUGGGUGAAGCAUAACCUACAGGAUCAACAAGUCUAUGGUGCCUUAUUUGUGCUACGGAUUCUGUCUAGAAAAUAUGAGUUCAAGUCAGAUGAGGAGAGGACACCAGUUUAUCGCAUUGUCGAUGAAACAUUUCCUCACCUUCUUAAUAUAUUUAACAGGCUUAUCCAGAUUGUUAAUCCAUCACUGGAAAUAGCAGAUUUAAUCAAGCUUAUCUGUAAAAUAUUCUGGUCCUCCAUAUAUUUGGAGAUUCCAAAACUGCUGUUUGAUCAAAAUAUCUUCAAUGCUUGGAUGAUACUUUUUCUGAAUGUAUUGGAGAGACCUGUGCCUUCUGAAGGUGAGCCUGUUGAUCCCGAUCUUAGAAAGUCAUGGGGUUGGUGGAAGGUCAAGAAAUGGACAGUUCAUAUUCUAAAUAGGCUCUACACUCGUUUUGGAGACCUGAAGCUACAAAAUCCUGAAACCAGAGCUUUUGCUCAAAUGUUCCAGAAGCACUAUGCAGGGAAGAUUUUGGAAUGCCACUUGAACUUGUUAAAUGUCAUUCGAGUAGGGGGCUAUCUACCUGACAGAGUUAUCAACUUGAUUCUUCAAUAUCUCAGUAACAGUAUUUCAAGGAAUAGCAUGUAUGCUUUGCUGCAACCUCGCCUUGAUGUCCUAUUAUUUGAAAUAGUAUUCCCCCUUAUGUGCUUUAGUGACAAUGAUCAAAAGCUUUGGGAAGAAGAUCCACAUGAAUAUGUAAGGAAAGGCUAUGACAUAAUUGAAGAUUUGUAUAGUCCUAGGACUGCUUCCAUGGAUUUCGUGAGCGAGUUGGUUCGGAAACGUGGAAAAGAAAAUCUUCACAAGUUUAUACAAUUCAUUGUUGAAAUUUUCCGAAGGUAUGAUGAAGCCGCCAUAGAAUUCAAGCCAUAUAGACAGAAAGAUGGUGCACUUCUUGCUAUUGGGGCACUUUGUGACAAAUUGAAGCAGACCGAGCCUUACAAAUCUGAACUUGAGCGCAUGCUAGUGCAACAUGUCUUUCCCGAGUUCAACAGUCCUGUUGGCCACCUUAGAGCUAAGGCAGCAUGGGUUGCAGGUCAGUAUGCCCAUAUUACCUUCUCAGAUCAGAACAAUUUCCGGAAGGCAUUGCAGUGUGUUGUAUCCAGAAUGCAAGAUUCUGAACUUCCUGUGCGCGUUGAUUCUGUUUUUGCCUUGCGCUCUUUCAUCGAAGCAUGCAAAGAUCUGAAUGAAAUCCGUCCUAUUCUUCCUCAACUUCUUGAUGAGUUUUUCAAACUUAUGAAUGAGGUUGAGAAUGAAGACCUGGUAUUUACUUUGGAGACUAUUGUGGACAAGUUUGGAGAAGAGAUGGCGCCUUAUGCACUAGGACUAUGUCAAAAUUUGGCUGCUGCAUUUUGGAGGUGUAUGAACUCUGCAGAAGCUGAUGAUGAAGCUGAUGAUCCAGGUGCUCUGGCCGCAGUUGGUUGUUUACGUGCUAUUAGCACAAUCCUUGAAUCAGUUAGCAGGCUUCCUCACCUUUUUGUGCAAGUUGAGCCAACUUUGCUUCCUAUAAUGCAAAAAAUGUUAACAACAGAUGGUCAAGAGGUUUUCGAAGAAGUUUUGGAGAUUGUAUCAUAUAUGACAUUUUUCUCUCCAUCAAUAUCUCUGGAGAUGUGGACUCUUUGGCCAGUGAUGAUGGAAGCGCUGGCAGAUUGGGCAAUUGAUUUCUUUCCAAAUAUUUUAGUUCCGUUGGACAACUAUAUUUCAAGAGGAACUGCUCAUUUCCUUACUUGCAAAGAUCCUGAUUAUCAACAAAGUCUAUGGAACAUGGUUUCAUCUAUUAUGGCGGAUAAAAAUAUGGAGGAUAACGAUAUUGUGCCAGCUCCAAAGCUUAUUGAAGUUGUCUUCCAGAAUUGUAGAGGACGGGUGGAUCACUGGGUGGAGCCAUAUCUCAGAAUCACAAUUGAACGCUUGAACCGGACUGAAAAGUCAUAUUUGAAAUGUCUUUUCAUGCAACUGAUUGCAGAUGCUCUUUACUACAAUGCAGCACUGACUCUCAGCAUAUUGCAAAAGUUGGGUGUCGCCUCUGAAUUCUUCCAUCUUUGGUUUCAUUUGUUGGGACAAGUCAAAAAGAGUGGUUUGCGCGCUAAUUUCAAAAGGGAACAUGAGAAGAAAGUGUGCUGCCUUGGUUUAAUUUCAUUGCUGGCACUUCCGGCUGAUCAAUUGCCUGGGGAGGCUUUGGGCCGAGUAUUUCGGGCCACACUUGAUCUUCUAAUUGCUUACAAGGAUCAAGUUGCAGAAGCUGCAAAGGAGGAAGAAGCUGAAGAUGAUGAUGAUAUGGAUGGCUUUCAAACUGAUGACGAAGAUGAAGAUGGCAAUGGUUUUGAUAAGGAAAUGGGUGUUGAUGGUGAAGAUCCGGAUGAAGCUGAUAAUAUCACACUUAGAAAGUUGGCUGAACAGGCAAAGUCAUUCCGUCCUGCUGAUGACGAUGAUGAUGAUUCAGAUGAAGAUUACAGUGAUGAUGAGGAGUUGCAGUCCCCAAUUGAUGAAGUGGAUCCUUUUAUUUUCUUUGUGGAUACGAUGAAAGUUAUACAAUCAUCAGACCCAUUGCGGUUUGAGACUCUCACCCAGUCGCUUGAGUUCAAUUAUCAAGCUCUUGCUAAUGGUGUUGCCCAGCAUGCCGAGCAGAGAAGGGUAGAAAUUGAAAAGGAAAAACUAGAGAAGGCAUCAGCAGCUGCCACAGCUUCUUAA